AAUCGAACAGAAACACCAUUCUUCUCUCAAAUUUAAUUUCUAUGACGGCCAGCUUGAAUCUCUAAUUUUAUUUUAUCUCAAGGUUUUCUGUUUCCCUUGCAAUAUCUCCAAGCGGUCGUCGAUUGAUGGCCGCGGGGUAGAAGACUUGCUAUUCCGAAGAUGCGCAACCUUAAAACCGUGCGCCUCGCUGAGGUGCAACUUCAGAACGAGCUUCCUCUCACAGCUACCGCGUGGGACACUGCGUCCGACGCCGUUGUUUGUACCUUUGGUCCGACUGCAACUAAUGCAGUCAUCGAGUUGCGCAGAAAGCGUCACGACGCCUAUUUUUCAGACCCUGUAGGAGCCGAUGUAUUCGAGUGCAUCGCAUCCUGGGAUGCGCCAUGCCCGCUUCCCGAGCUGGAAUGCGAUCGCGUAUUGUCACUACAUUACUUCGCCGAUAACUUGACUGCCUGCCUAGUUCUGGAAGGUGGUGAUAUUGUCAUCGUUCGCGAGGAGCCUCUCCCCGGCGAGGACAAAAUCGAGAUUGUGGGCUCGGUUGAUGUUGGUAUCACAGCCGCCGCUUGGUCUCCUGACGAGGAGCUUCUCGCCUUGACUACCAGGGCAAACACUUUCCUGUACAUGACCAGGGAGUUCGAAAAUGUGGCCGAGAUCACCUUCACGCAAGAAGACCUCAAAGCUUCCCAGCAUGUCUCUGUGGGUUGGGGUAAGCGCGAGACCCAAUUCCAAGGCAAACGGGCCAAGGCUCUUCGCGAUCCCACCGUUCCAGAGAAAGUGGACGAGGGCAAGCUGAGCGGUAACGAUGACGGAAGGACCACUAUCACAUGGCGGGGUGAUGGUGCCUAUGUCGCUGUGAACAGCGUCGAGGCUGGCAUCCGGCGCGCGAUUCGAGUUUACUCACGCGAGGGGUCUUUAGAUAGUAUCAGCGAGCCAGUUGAUGGACUGGAAGGCGCCCUUAGCUGGAGACCUUACGGUAACCUCAUCGCCGGUAUUCAAAGACGCGAUGAUAGAAUCGACGUGGUCUUCUUUGAACGAAACGGCUUGCGCCACGGCGAGUUCACCCUCCGCUUGACAGAAGAAGAGCGCUUGACAUGGGCCUCGGAUAUCUAUCUAAGCUGGAACGUCGAUUCGACCGUACUCGCCGUUCAAUUCAAGGAUCGCGUUCAAUUCUGGACUAUGGGCAAUUACCAUUACUACUUGAAGCAGGAGAUCCCUGUUGUCGUGAACCCCGGUUUCACAAAUCCAUUCACUUUCAAGUGGCAUCAAGAGAAGGCCUUGCGGUUUAUUGCUGGCGCUUGUGAGUCAAUGUUGGACGUGGAGUUCGUGCUUGACGUUGCUCAUGGCUCUACUACAAGCCCGACUGAUGUCGGUGCUGUCGGUGUCAUAGACGGAAAAAACCUGAAGCUGACUCCCUUGAGGCUGGCCGGUGUACCGCCUCCUAUGGCUCAUAAUGAAGUGACUCUUGACUCGAACAUCAUUGAUGUGGCAUUUAGCAAGUCGGGAACGCGUAUUGCUAUCCUCGAGAAUGAUCGAUUCUCCGUCUUCCUCUGGUCCCUUAAGACUAGACCAGUUCCUGUGCCGAUCCUCGAGUCCAGCUAUCCGCUCUCGGAUGCCCCGGACAGCCGGCCUCGUCAGAUCGUUUUUGUCAAUGAGACCGAAGUUUACGUUCUGAAGGGCAAUGGGCCCAACAACACCUGCAUAGAGCGGACUACGCUUGAGACCCGAGAGACGAAGGUCGCCUACCAAGCAGUUGACUCAGAACAAAUUGUGUCCAUGUUCGCAUCGCUUGGGCAUGAAUCGUUGUGGUUCUCUCAUAACCUAGGACCAACCCAGCCGAUCACCUACUCUUCCAUCUCAAUGCCAUCCCCCGAGCAGUUCGAGGUUGUACCAUGGAAUCAAAGUCCCUCUGUCGAUACGUACUGGGCUCAAGCUGUGCAGAUAUCUGAAGAUGAGACACUUCUUAUCUCUAUGACCAAGUCGGGGGCUUUGUAUGCCAACAAGGCCCUACUUGCUAAGAACUGUACCUCGUUCAUCGUCACCCAAGCUCACGUCAUUUUCACCACCUCGUUACAUCUCAUCAAAUUUGUACACCUCACGAGAGCAGAAGAAAUGGAUGUACCUCCCGAUACUCCUGAAACGGACGAACGCUGCAGAAGCAUUGAGCGCGGAGGACGCUUGGUCACGGUCAUGCCUUCGACGUUCGCUGUCAUCUUGCAGAUGCCCCGUGGCAACAUUGAGACCAUUUAUCCCAGAGCCCUCGUGCUUGCGGGUAUCCGGUCAUUUAUUGACCGUAAAAACUAUCGGGCCGCGUUCCUGACCUGCCGUAGUCAGAUGGUGGACAUGAACAUCAUUCAUGACUAUGCACCCGAGCAGUUCAUGGAAAAUAUUCAACUGUUUGUCGAUCAGGUCAAGAGAAUCGACUUCAUCGAUGAAUUUAUCUCCCGUUUGAGUGAGGAGGAUGUGUCACAGACAUUGUACAAAGACACCCUGAAGAAGAAGGCCGAAGAAUCCGCUCUCGCUGCGCUAGCCGCUCCUUCUAGCAAGAGCAGUAAAGUCAACCGGAUCUGCGAUGCUUUCUUGACUACACUUGAGAAGCGCCUGGAUACCAACCUUCACAACCUGAUCACUGCUCACGUUUGCAAGUCCCCGCCCGACCUUGAGGCAGGUCUUCAGCUGGUUGCACGUCUAAGGGACCAAAGCUCCGAACAAGCCGACGAUGCGGUGGAGCACAUGUGCUUCCUGACGGAUGCUAAUCUCUUGUACAACAAUGCAUUGGGUCUCUAUGACCUCGAGCUCACUCUACUUGUUGCUCAGCAAGCCCAGAGAGACCCCCGCGAAUACCUCCCGUUCCUGAGAAAGCUGCAGCAACUGCCCGAGCUUCGACGUCAAUUCGAGAUUGACAACUACCUCGGACGCACUUCAAAGGCCUUGAAGCACCUCCAUGCACUAAAUGCUCAUGAGGAGCUCCGUGCCUAUGCUAUCAAGCACACGCUAUACAAGGACGCCAUCGACCUGUACAGGUACCAGGCCGAGCAACUACGGGACAUAAGCCACCUGUACGCCGACCACCUCUUCGACCGAUCCAAGUACAAGGAAGCAGGCAUUGCCUACGAAUCGCUGUCCCUCUACACCGACGCCUACAAAUGCUACCACCUCGCCCACCUCUGGCGUGAAUCCAUCUACUGCGCGAUGAUGGUGCCCCUCUCGGCGGAGGAACUCUCCACGCACGCCAGCACGCUCGCAGCCACGCUCACCGAAGAAACAAAGGACUACAUCUCGGCGGCGCAGAUCCACGCCGAGCACCUCGGCGACAUCCCGGCAGCGGCGCGGCUCCUGUGCCGCGGGGCCAAAUUCUCGGAGGCGACGCGGCUCCUCGCCCUGCACGGCCAGCAGACGCUGAUCGCGGAGAUCGUCGACGGCGGGCUUUCGGACGCGAUGGGCGCGAUGACGGACCUGCUAGCGGACUUCCGGUCGCAGCUCAACUCGCAGGUGCCGCGAAUCCGCGAGCUGCGGGUGCGUCGCGCCACGGACCCGCUGGCCUACUUCGGCGGCGACCCGGCGCUGGGCGGUGACGGCAACGUCGACAUCCCCGACAACGUCUCGCUGGCGCCGACGGAUGCGUCGACGCUGGCCGGCCGCUCCAUGUUCACCCGCUACACGGGCAACACCGGCAAGACCGGCAAGACAACCUCCUCGCGCCACACGUCCAAGACCCGCCGCAAGGAGGAGCGCAAGCGCGCCCGCGGCAAGAAGGGCACCGUCUACGAGGAGGAGUACCUCGUCAACAGCGUGCGGCGUCUUUUGGAGAGGGCCAACGCGACCGUCGCCGAGGUGGAGGUGCUCAUUGAUGCGCUGCUGCGUCGGGGCAUGCGCGAGCGCGCCGCCGCCAUCGAGAAGGCGAUGCAGGAGGUCCUAAAGCUCUGCUCUGACAGUCGGGAGGAGGUGUUCGGCGCUUUGGUUGCUGCUGAUAACGGCGCCAAGGAUGCGGCAGAUGGUGAGCUUGAGAAUGCUGAUCUCGGCGGUGCGGAAGAACCUCUGGGUACGGGCAGAGGUGGACAGAGCGUGUUCUGGGAUAGUGUGACGGCCACGGCCAACGUGGGCAAGGGCAAGGAGGUCCCCGCUGUUAAGGAGAUGAAGUUGUCCGCCUUGCUUAACUAGGGCUUUUAGCCUGCAGGCUUCUGACGCUUACUUGGUUGUGGUUUGUCUGUCUAUUUCUUCCAUUCAAUGGUUUGGUAAAAGGUCAC